AUGCACUUCACUCCUGCCGCCGCCGCCACCAUCUUGGCCCUUGCCUCUUCGGCAUUCGCCGCUCCCUACAGCAGCACCAGCCCCCCGGCGCAGACUUCCACCGCCGCUCCCGCUCCCGCUUCCACGCUGUCUCUCACCCAGCAGCUCUUCCUCUCCGACACCGCCGCCGACCGCUUCAAGCUCCUCCCCGAUGACAAGCAGUUCGUCUUCGACUUCAACCAGCCCCAGAACAACCCCGGCAAAGGAGGCGAGCUCAUCGCUGCCAACCGUAAGACCUUCCCCGCUCUUGUCGGCACUGGUAGCGGAAUGGCGGUCGGUAGAGUCGGUCCCUGCGGCAUGAACACCCUGCACGUCCACCCGCGCUCCGCCGAGCUCCAGAUCGUCGUCGAGGGCCGCCUCAUCACCGAGAUGACGCCCGAGAACGGCGUCGUCGAGGCCGCCGACGGCAAGACCCGCCGCGUCAUCACCACCGAGCUGGGCCCCUUCCAGAUGACCCCCUUCUACCAGGGCUCCAUCCACAGCCAGUUCAACCCGGACUGCGACGACGCCGUCUUCGUCGCGAGCUUCGCCGCCGAGGACUUUGGCACCGGCCAGGUCGCCGACAGCACCUUUGCCUUCAGCGACGACCUGAUCGCCGCCACCUUUGGCCAGAGCAUCGCCGGCGCCGACAUCGACCGCGUCCGCAAGGCUAUCCCCGCCAGCAUCGCCCUCGGCGUCGACGAGUGCCUCAAGAAGUGCAACAUCAAGAAGCGCUCCCUGUAG